ACAAGGAACAGAAAUAUUGGCAGAAAUCGAAGGAAUGAUAGUCUGGUAGCCAUCUUCAAGUAGCCCAACUCAUGAAAGUUGUGUGCUUGUUUUAUGCAGCAUUCUGCAGGCAUCUUCCUUGUUCAUAACGACGAUUCACUAGAUGGCCUGAAGUAUUACGAGGUUGUUAUAGUUAAUUCUACCAGCUUGGGCACCAUAUGAAUCUGGCAGCAACAUUCAUGUGAAUUUUCUUCGGAAGUGUAGUAAGGUGCGGACUGAAUGAUUCCAGGUGAUAUGUUGCAGGCUGUUCGAUAUAUUGGGUCUGGUUUGUUUAUAUUCAAUCCCUGGAUGCAUGGUGAAUUGUCAUGGAUGGCAGUAUGGUACUGUGUUGGCAAGUAGGGUGAAUGAGUUCUUAUAUCUUUUUCACAGUGUUGGGGUUCUAUUUGCGAUUUUUUAGCAUGUUAGGGACUGCUUUGAUUUUUCUGUGGUUUUUCUAAAGGCUAUGCUUGCAAUUUUUGUGUCCUGAUCAGGGCUAGCUGUGCCUGUGUUUCUUUUGGUAGCCUUAGGGUCUAUUCAGGUACAUGCCUAUAUUCAUAAUUAGUAUCAAUCAAUUAAAGGUGUGAGGGAGAUGAUUACUGCAGGUUUUACGUUUAGAGGGCUUUGUAAGCUCAAAUCUUUGGCGGAAGCUAGGUCUAAUCUUUUGUCGUCUCUUAACACCUCAACGGCCUUGUUAAAUUGCAUGACCUACAGUGGUUGUGUUCGGGUUUGUUUUGGAACUCGUACAACAGAUCUGGGAAUAAGACUUGACUUGCAACUUGCAAGUGACAUGUGCAGUAAUGCGGGAUGUUCUUAGUUUCCUAUUCUGGGAGAGAGCAUGGUGCUGGUCUUUAAAACCUCGAUGCUCUUCUUUGAUUUCAUGGGGUACUUUGGUGUGCUUGGUUAUGUUAGGGAGAUCUCUGUCGAACAGUGCUUUCUACUUUCUAACCCCACAAAUUCUUUUCUCCUAAAAGUUUAUGCCUUCCCUCCAUUUUGCUCUUUCUCAUCAACUUUUUUCUGUACAGAACUCACUGGCACCUUCUAAACUAAAAGAUUCUUUACUUUCAUCUUAAAACGGAUCAUUCACCUGAAAGAGUAAGGAAUCCCUUUGUCUUUAUGUCUUGCUUUUCGACAAACAACCUCUUUGCUUCUGGACUGAGUUAAGAGAUAUCUUUCGAGUGAGACGAUUCCUGAUAGCUUCUAACAGCAGGGAAACAAGAGGGAAAAGUACUGUGAAGCUGUUGGUUGAAGUUAUAGAUGCUCACAGUUUUAUGCUUAAGAUGGUGAAAUAUUUAACAGUGCAUUUCCACAAGAUGACAUUCAAAACCUUCAAAACCAACUUAGAAAAACUGUAACCCUCCAUGAGAAUCAAAUUCCAUUCUGAAUCAGAAUCUUUCCUUCAUUCAGAAUUUUCUGUCGUAGUCAGUGUACGAUAGAAGAUUUCUUAACAGUCUGCGAAUUCUUUGCUCCUACAUUGUCUAGAAAUUUGAUCAGGAAGCAUUUUAAGUACUCCUACCAAGAAUAGUUCUUAUUUUCCCUAUUUGUAAUAGGCACAUUUUACCCAACUCUGAUUCAAAACCUCUCCCUAUUAUACAUCAGCCAGCCAGAGAGCCUUGAAAAAUCACUUCCAGCACCACCAUUUUCACAACCUUCACAAACAUCUGUGAGUCCUUACCAGUUAUCUCCCUCUUUGUUUUACAUCUGAGAAAAGUAAAUACAGAAGGGUCUAGGCAAAAAUAUAUAAACACUGAAAAACUGCAGCAAAAUUUUGGUCAUCUGGAGUUGAAAACGAUGCAGCACCAGUUUAGUCACAAGCCCCAUCAUCAGAGCAACCAAGAGAACUUUGAUUUGGCAGACACAACGCCACAAAUUGGUGACCAGUGGAUUAGUGGUGUAGCAGCCUCUGGCGGAAGAGGGUGGUUGAACGCUGAAAGAUAUGCAGGCACACAUGACCUAGUUGAGCAAACAUAUUAUCUUUAUGUUCGAGUUGUGAAGGCCAAAGAUCUUCCACCAAGUGCACUCACUGCCAGCUGUGAUCCUUAUGUGGAAGUGAAGCUGGGGAAUUACAAAGGCAGAACAAAGCAUUUUGAGAGGAAAGUGAACCCCGAGUGGAAUCAGGUUUUUGCAUUUUCUAAGGAGCGUAUUCAGUCAUCAAUCCUAGAGAUAUUUGUGAAGGAUAAAGAGAUGGUGGGAAGGGAUGACUAUCUUGGAAAGGUUGUUUUUGACAUGAAUGAGGUUCCGACAAGAGUGCCCCCUGAUAGUCCUUUGGCUCCGCAGUGGUACAGACUGGAGGAUCGUAGAGGAGGUGGAAAGGUAAGAGGUGAUAUCAUGUUGGCUGUUUGGAUGGGGACUCAAGCUGAUGAAGCCUUCUCAGAGGCGUGGCAUUCGGAUGCUGCUUUUGUUUAUGGAGAGGGUGUUUUAAACAUCCGCUCUAAAGUCUACGUCUCUCCAAAGCUAUGGUAUCUUCGGGUUAAUGUCAUUGAAGCUCAGGAUGUAAUCCCAAAUGACAAGUCCCGUUUACCUGAAGUUUGUGUAAAAGUUCAGGUGGGUAGUCAAGUGCUUAAAACCAAGAUAAGUCCAGCUCGGACACUAAAUCCACUCUGGAAUGAAGAUUUGGUCUUUGUUGCUGCUGAACCUUUUGAGGAGCAGUUAGUUCUGACAGUUGAAGACCGAGUUCACCCUACUAGAGAUGAUGUUCUGGGGAUGAUUACCCUACCACUGACUAUUUUCGAGAAGAGGCUUGACCACAGGCCAGUUCACUCUCGCUGGUUCAACCUCGAGAAAUUUGGUUUUGGUGCCUUGGAAGUUGACAGGAGAAAGGAGCUCAAGUUCUCAAGUAGGAUUCACCUGAGAGUUUGUCUCGAAGGCGGAUACCAUGUCCUGGAUGAAUCCACCAUGUACAUAAGUGAUCAAAGGCCUACUGCAAGACAGCUCUGGAAACAGCCUAUUGGAAUACUAGAAGUGGGAAUAUUGAGUGCACAAGGACUUCUGCCAAUGAAGAUGAAGGAUGGUCAUGGAAGUACAGAUGCUUACUGUGUUGCUAAGUAUGGACAGAAAUGGGUUCGAACAAGAACGAUUCUUGACACAUUUAGUCCUAAAUGGAAUGAGCAGUACACCUGGGAAGUUUAUGAUCCGUGCACGGUGAUCACAUUGGGAGUUUUUGACAACUGCCACCUGGGAAAUGAUAAACAAGGCACCACUUCAGCAAGGGAUUCAAAAAUUGGAAAGGUAAGAAUUCGCUUAUCAACCCUUGAAGCUCAUCGAAUAUACAAACAUUCGUAUCCUCUUCUUGUUCUUCAUCCCUCUGGGCUGAAGAACAUGGGUGAUCUCCAGCUUGCCAUUCGGUUUACCAACUUGUCUGUAGCUAACAUGAUAUACUUGUAUGGGCAUCCGUUACUGCCCAAAAUGCAUUACUUGAAUCCUUUCACGGUGAACCAAGUAGACAACUUAAGGUACCAAGCAAUGAAUAUUGUCGCGGUGAGGCUGGGACGAGCAGAGCCACCAUUAAGAAAGGAGGUGGUGGAGUACAUGUUAGAUGUGGAUUCCCACAUGUGGAGCAUGAGAAGAAGCAAAGCUAAUUUUUUCAGGAUAAUGUCGCUCUUGUCGGGGAUGUUCACUGUGAACAGAUGGUUUGGGGAUGUUUGUCACUGGAAAAAUCCGAUCACAUCAGUUUUAGUACACAUACUGUUUUUGAUACUAAUCUGGUACCCGGAGCUGAUUCUUCCAACUCUGUUUCUAUACAUGUUUCUCAUUGGAUUGUGGAACUAUAGGUUCCGGCCUAGGCACCCGCCUCAUAUGGAUACUAAGCUAUCAUGGGCAGAAGCAGUACACCCUGAUGAGCUUGAUGAAGAAUUUGACACAUUUCCUACAUCCAGGCCACAAGAUGUGGUCCGUCUGAGGUAUGAUAGGCUUCGAAGUGUAGCAGGGAGGAUUCAAACUGUGGUCGGAGAUAUUGCAACGCAAGGGGAGAGAUUUCAGUCACUACUAAGCUGGAGGGAUCCUAGAGCGACGAGUUUCUUCAUAAUGUUCUGUCUAUGUGCAGCUGUGGUGCUUUAUGUGACUCCAUUUCGUGUGGUGGCUUUAGUUGCAGGAUUAUAUCUAUUACGACAUCCUAGGUUUCGAAGCAAAUUGCCUGCUGUUCCAAGCAAUUUCUUCAAAAGAUUGCCAGCUCAAAGUGAUAGUUUGCUGUGACAUAAUAACUAAUAAGCUCACAACCUUUGUUUCUUUUUCUACUUGUUUGCAUACUCUAAUAAAGGUUUGCUGUGUUUGUAAUUUCUUUUCUUAGUCUCUGGCUUUUACUGGCUCUAAUCUACUUUUUUAUUUAAGUUA